UUGUCGCUACUAAUUGUCUGCCAAAUUCGAAGAUGAACUUUCUGCGACUUGUCAGAAAUUUGUAUUUGUCAGGGAAUCGUGUCAGAAAUGUGCGCUAAGUGGAUUAUUUUUGCUUGGGGAUUACUAAGUUUGAUUAAAGCUCAAGCAAUCAGUUCAAGCCAUGUCGGAAAUAAAAACAAAGAUUGCCAUGUUGAUCGCACAUGUAGUUCAUUCCAUGGCCCGAAGCCAGAAACAUACAACAGCCCAAGUCCUGGAAAGUACAAAGCUUUUAGGAACUUUGAGUUCCAAGAACAGUCCCAGUCCUCUCAGAUAAAUUCAUGGAGCUCAAUCAAAGAACUGGACAAACCUGUUCAACUUGUUUAUCCAGACCAGAGCUCACACAAGCAACUAGUUCUACACAAAGAGAACCUUAGGCUUCUUCAGCUUAUACAAGAGCCCAUAGCCACAGUAGCAGUGGUUGGUAAGUUCCAUACUGGGAAGUCAUUCCUGCUCAACCAGCUGAUGGGCAAACAAGCAGGGUUUGGAGUAGGACCAUUUGUGAGACCAGAAACUAUGGGGAUCUGGAUGUGGGGAAAGCCGUUAAAGAUAAAGCUCCAAGAUGGACAGGAGGUCGCACUUGUAUUUCUCGACACUGAAGGGUUUGCCGCGACGAACGUCUCAGAAAGCUACGAUGCCAAGGUGUUCGCUGUUGCUACCCUUCUCAGCUCAUACCUGAUUUAUAACUCGGUGAAGAUCAUUGACCAGGGAGACAUUGACUAUUUAGAGCUCCUGUCACGACGUACACAGCUGUUCGCCCUCAAGUCCCAGAUGUCAAAAGCAAAAUGGAACAACGACUUCAACCACGAUUUGCUUAAAUUCCCACCACUGCUUUGGGUGGUUCAAGACUUUGUGCAACUGACCGAGAAUAACGAAGACCCGACGUCAUGGCUGCACAGAUUACUGGCAUCCCCUGCUAAAGACAGCGAGGAACACGCUAUUAGCCUCAAAGCUAUUUUUCCGAGUGUAGAGUGCCACACCCUGUUUUUCCCUGCGACAAAGAAGGCCAUCUUACAGGACCUAUCCAAGGCACGUGAAGAAGACUUGACUGAAGAGUAUCGAGAAGAGAGAGAUGAGCUGCUUGAGAAGAUGAGGAGAUCUAUCAGACACAAGGGGAAAAACGGAUCUCCGAUCACUGGUCCCGAGUUGGCGUCUCUUCUUGAGAUUCUUGUAGAAGCUGCAAACGAAGGUUCCCUCGCUCAGAUCCCAAGCCGUUGGAAUACAUUUCUAGAGAAACUUGAGCGCACCGCUAAUGAGGACUGCUUGGAGUUCUACGAGGGAGAGAUGGCUCUGCUGCACAACAAGUACGAUCACGGCCCCAUUCCUCCAGUUGAACUUCAGGAAUGGCAUGAGAUCGCCCGCGACAAGGCCGCUAAGCUGCUUUCACAUUUGCUGUUCGGAUUGGGUAACGCUACGGACGACUCCUCACGCAGCUUGAGCCGACGGGUGGAGCAGAGCCACGAAAAGGCGGUCGACAUGAACGACAAGAAGACGAUGCUGAUGUGCAGCGACGUGCAGAGGAGAAUUGAGCUGGACGCAGAAGAAGAAAUGGACCACGUGCAGCUUCCGGUGACCUCGACACUCAUCCGCGAGGUUUUCAGUAAUGUGGAGGCAACAAGCACCAAGAAAUACGCUACAAGUUUGAGUUACCUAUCAGAGGGUCAAGGAUAUAAAACGCAUCUGGAAAGACUGAAGAUAUCAUUGCGUAAUUUGCGUGACUCUUACGAGCUGAGAAACACCAAAGCCCUCGAGCAAGUUCUCAAAAAGGCGUCAGACAGGGCGAUAGAAUUAUUCCAAGAUCAAUGUAGCAACAAGGAGAGAUCCCCGCGGACGCCAAAGCUGCUAAGCCGUAUAUUGGAGAACGCAAAGCUAGACGCACUACAGGUAUUUCGCGACGAUGGAGGCAUCGCGGUCGAGGAAAGGUUUUUCAAGCCAUUUCUGGCCAUGUUGCAGACAAGACUGGAGGACGAAACUUUAUCCAUUAGGCAAGAUAACAUGGAACUACUCAAGACACAAGCUGAAGUCAAGGUGAAGGAGCUGUUGGUGCUGUUCAGGGACAGUACAUCCGGGAACAAGAUUAUCCUGCCGCUAAACCAGACAGACCUGGAUAUGAGACUUGGUUCAGAGAUGGACAGAGUAAAGUCCCUGUAUUCAAGCUCCCAAGUAGGUUUUGAAGAAUUUGAUGUUAUUCAAGAAACCUUUAAGUUACUACAGGAGGGCCUAGAAGCGAUCUGCAAGGAACGCCAUCACGAAAAUAUGAUAGCUUACAGCAAGGAAGUUGAAGUCCCCCUGCGUACCAGCAAGAAGAUUGUGCUGCUCGCCGCAGAUAACUACGACACUGAAUUCUCACUCAAGCAAUAUAUUCGUCAAGUAUGCCUGUUAAACCUUGACGAAGGCAAGCCCAAGCACUGGCCAUCUCCACUCAAAGAUACCAUCAUAGAUAACUUCAUAUCCACUGACAAGGAGAUCAAGAACAUCGUCAUAUCACGACGAGGGCUCUGGGCCAGGAUCAAGGGCUUCGUUCAGUGGUUACUAUGGAUCUUCAACAUGUAUUAGGUGUCACGCAACGUUAUCACGCGUGUCACGCCAUGUCGCGGUGUGGACCAUGGGACAGGGACAACAUGUCACGCCAUGUCGCGAUGUGGAAAAUUCGACAGGAACAACAUGUCACGCUAUGACACGGUGUGGGCUAGGGGCAACAUGUCACGCCAUGUCACGGUGUGACCAGGGGCAACAUGUCACGCCAUGUCAUGCUUCCUGCAGUGGAAACUUCAAUAAAAUUUAUUAGGCGUCACGCAACGCCAUCACGAUAUGCCACGUUGUGGGCCAAGCACAAGGUCAAAGAAUUUGUACAGAAGUCACUAUUCUGCACUGUUGCUUUUACUUAUUAUAUACAGCUUGGUCACGCAAGAACUAAAUUGCACGCAUCAGUGUCACACAACUGUCUUGUGAUAAAAAAUAUUUUGGCACUGGAUACCACUUGUGCCGUCAUGAUCAUCUGAGCCUGGAGAUGUUAAUAAAUUAAUGUUAUUGUUAAUAAAAAGACAGUUUGCUUGCAUA